CCCACGCGGAAAAAGUGCAUUUGCGCCAGUGUCAGUGCCAGGUAACCCGCACAGUCUAACCCCCAAAUCCAACACCCGCCAAGGUUCUUUUUUCCCUAGGCAACACCUGGUUCGUUGGGUCAUAACAAUGUGAUCAGCGAAGCGGUCUGCCCAAUUUUCCUUUUUAGUUUUUUUUCAAAGACCCGAGGUAGCUACCUCUCCCCACUCUUCGGAACCCGUCAAAAGGACCAUGACCUCCCGCCUAGGUGCCGCUGCCGGUGCCUCGUCCUCAUCGUCCUCCUCCGUAACAUCUCCCUCAUCAAUAUCUAAGCGGCCAGGCCAAACAUUGCCCAACCUGCUGACCGCCAACCAACAAGACUCAUUGUCUUCCAGCACUUCAUCCGCACUCGCCACACCCUCGCGGUCCUCGAGCACACCGUCGCCCGCAAAUACAACUUCCUUCGCUGCCUCUGCAGGUCCGGACCGUGUGCGUCGCAUCGAAGAGUUUGAGAUGGAGUCAAUGUCCGCCCCACAGGGGCAUCGGCGGCGGAGGAGUACGCAUACCAGCCCUACCACUAGGAGUCGGGGUCCUGAAGAUCGGAAGCCGCAUGGGGUUGCGGACGAUAGAGAUAACGAAGUCCAGGCCGGAAGACGGUUAGACACGGACGAUGACGACAGCGGCCUCUCGGACGAGGACUUGCACGACGAUGAGGAGGCUGGCUUGACCAGGAAACACAGGGACCGCAAGCGUGAUAAAAGGAGAAGGAACACUCAAUUCGACCAGAGGAUAGUCCGGGGUGGUACCAUAUCCGACGACGAGAAGCGUGAGGCGGACAAAAACGUCAUGCGCAAUCUCGUCAUUAAUGCCGUGCUGAUUGGGUUAUGGUACCUUUUUUCGUUGGGUAUCUCAAUUUACAACAAGUGGAUGUUCGAUUCCAAAGAACUCGAUUUCCGCUUCCCCAUGUUCACAACAUCGAUUCACAUGGUGAUCCAGUUCGCACUCUCGAGCUUGGUUCUAUACUUUUUCCCUUCACUAAGGCCACACAACGGAUAUAAAUCCGAUAUGGGCCAGUCAAGACAUGAAUCCGAGCCUGAAAGACCCAUCAUGACUAAAUGGUUCUACUUGACGCGGAUCGGGCCGUGCGGGGCGGCUACGGGGUUGGAUAUUGGAUUGGGGAACACCAGUUUACGAUUCAUCACCUUGACAUUUUAUACAAUGUGUAAAUCCUCAUCUUUGGCAUUCGUACUCAUGUUUGCCUUUCUUUUCCGCCUCGAGGCUCCCACGUGGCGCCUGGUGGCCAUCAUCGCUACCAUGACGGCCGGCGUCGUCAUGAUGGUCGCCGGUGAGGUCGAGUUCAAAUUGGGCGGGUUUUUCCUGGUCAUCUCGGCAGCCUUCUUCUCCGGGUUCCGCUGGGCUCUGACGCAGAUUUUGCUCCUACGCAACCCGGCAACGUCGAAUCCCUUCUCGAGUAUAUUCUUCCUCGCUCCCAUCAUGUUCCUGACGCUUUUCACCAUCGCCGUGUUCGUCGAGGGCCUCGGGGAACUAGUCGAGGGCUUCAAGGCGCUCGCGGCCGCUAAAGGGGUGCUCGCGGCGCCCGCCAUUGUUAUUUUCCCCGGAGCAAUUGCCUUCGCCAUGACCGUGUCCGAGUUCGCUCUGCUGCAGCGGACUUCGGUAGUGACGCUCUCCAUCGCGGGCAUUUUCAAGGAGGUGGUGACCAUUACGGCGGCAUCACUUGUGUUUGGGGACACGCUUACCAUAAUCAACAUAUCUGGACUUGUGGUUACCAUCGGGGCCAUCGGCGCAUAUAACUACAUCAAGAUCACAAGGAUGAGGGAGGAUGCACGCGCGACAGUGCAUGGAAACCACGGCGCAGGCGGUGAGGGGGCAGGGGUCAACAGCGCCAGUGCGAGUGAAGACGAGGAAGAAGAUGCCACCCUGCUGAUGCAAGGGAGGAGUGAGGAUGGCAAGGGAGGAAGGGCGCUGUUUGACACAGAACAGGAAACGAAAACAAACGUUGUAUUGGGGGCAGGAGGCGCUAGGAGAAGUGCAGAACAUUAGCGAAUUGUUUUUCUACUGUUUUUUUUUCUAUUUCAGGGUUACUUGCCGUUGAGGCUACAUAUAAAAACGACAGGAAUAGCAUUAUCUUGCAUUCACUCUACAUUAC